AUGAGUUGCAUCAACUUGCCCACUGUGCUGCCCGGCUCCCCCAGCAAGACUCGCGGCCAGGUCCAGGUGCAGGCGCCGGGGCGAGGUGAUCCUCGGGCCCAUGUUCUCAGGGAAAAGGGGGCGGCGGGAGUCCAGCCCGUGGAGAUGGAGUUCUUCGUCCCACAGGCUGUGGCCUCACCGGCCCUUUGCCCUUGUAGCACAGAGCUGAUGAGACGGGUCCGCCGCUUCCAGAUCGCACAGUACAAGUGCCUGGUGAUCAAGUAUGCCAAGGACACCCGCUACGGCAGUGGCUUCUCCACACAUGACAGGAACACCAUGGAGGCAUUGCCAGCCUGCCUGCUCCGGGAUGUGGCCCAGGAGGCCCUGGGCGUGGCGGUCAUAGGCAUUGACGAAGGACAGUUUUUCCCCGACAUCGUGGAGUUCAGCGAGACCAUGGCCAACGCUGGGAAGACUGUGAUCGUGGCCGCCCUGGAUGGAACGUUCCAGAGGAAGGCUUUCGGGAGCAUCCUGAACCUGGUGCCGCUGGCCGAGAGCGUGGUGAAGCUGACCGCUGUGUGCAUGGAGUGCUUCCGCGAGGCUGCCUACACCAAGAGGCUGGGCUCUGAGAAAGAGGUGGAGGUGAUAGGCGGAGCAGACAAGUACCACUCGGUGUGCCGUCUCUGCUACUUCAAGAAGUCCUCCAGCCAGCCGCCGGGGCUGGACAACAAGGAGAACUGCCCGGUACUGGGGAGGCCAGGGGAGGCGGUGGGUGUCCGGAAGCUUUUUGCCCCCCAGCAGGUCCUGCAGUGCAACUCGGUCCACUGA